AUGUUGGACUUUUAUUCUCAAUUUAAUCCAUCACCGCUGUCUAUCAAACAGUUCAUAGAUUUUGGGUUAAAUGCCUGCGAGAGGAAGUCCUACCUGUUCUUGAGGAAGGAGCUGCCAGUAAGACUUGCUAACAUCAUGAAAGAGAUAGCCUUGCUGCCGGAAAACCUCCUUCGUAUGCCAUCAGUUGGAAUGGUGAACCAGUGGUACGAACGAUCGUUCGAGGAGAUCAUCGAAUUCGAAAAGAUGGAACCCGAGCCGCCGAUCUUGAGCCAGUUCUGCGAGAGGCUGGUGCACAUCCGCAACAGGCACGCGGACGUGGUCCAGACGAUGGCGCAGGGCGUCCUGGAGCUGAAGGAGUCGCACGAAGUGGACUUCGGCACCGAGAACUCGAUACAGUACUUCUUGGACCGCUUCUACAUGAGCCGGAUAUCGAUAAGGAUGCUCAUCAACCAGCACACGCUGCUGUUCGGCGAGCAGAUCGGCAAGCAGACGUCCGUGAACGGAAUGGGCUGCGGCGGCCGCCACAUCGGCUCGAUAGACCCGGCUUGCGACGUCGCUGCGGUCGUACGGGACGCUUACGAGAACGCGCGCUUCCUCUGCGACCGCUACUACCUCGCCUCGCCCGAACUCGAGCUGCUCCAGGACGGCGUGGCGAGCGACCGUCCCAUGCCAAUUGUGUACGUGCCAUCGCAUCUCUACCACAUGCUGUUCGAGCUGUUCAAGAACGCCAUGAGGGCGGUCAUGGAGACCCACGAGAACGCGCCCCCACCGAUACAAGUCAACCUGGUCAACGGCAGAGAAGAUAUCUCCGUUAAGAUGUCCGAUAAGGGUGGCGGCAUACCACGCAGCGUUUCGGAUCUGCUCUUCAAGUACAUGUACAGCACCGCGCCUCAGCCAUCAAAAUCCGAUUCGCACACUGUACCCCUGGCCGGCUACGGAUACGGGCUGCCUAUAUCGAGGCUCUACGCCCGCUAUUUCCACGGCGACCUUGUGCUAAUGUCGUGCGAAGGCUACGGAACCGACGCCGUCAUCUAUUUGAAGGCGCUGUCAAAUGAAGCGAACGAACUACUCCCAGUGUUCAACAGGACAUCGACUAAAUUCUACCGGCCAGUGCCCACACUCGCGGAUUGGUCCGGAUCACUCAACACGGCGAGCAACUCGCAGUGUGCACGAGCGAAGAACAGAGAGAAACUAUCGCCGUCUCUCUCACACGGGCUA